AUGAAGCGUUACAUCUUAGAAGUUUGCUAUUUGAAAGUCAUGAUGACAUUGUUGACGAAUUCAAGUAAAAACUUUCAGUUAUCGGCUUUUCACAUUUUCAAGAUUUUGGUUGCUAAUCCUAAUAAGCCCCGAGACGUGAGAAAUAUUCUCGGGAAGAACCAGGAAAAGCUGCUAAGCUUGCUUCAUAACCUAUCGCCGGGAAAAGUUGGAGAUUCCAGUGAGUAUCAAAACACCAUCUCCGAGCUUGUUAAUUUCCUUGAUUCUUUAUUGGAUGCUGCUCUGUCUGAUCCAGAUAAUGAGCAUAAAGAGAACAGUGCAUUUGAAGCUCUGCCCGAGAUCUAUCAAUACAUCUAUUCUCCGUCUCUUGACCAGACUUUGAACAUAAGAUCAACAUAUCAUGAAAGAAGUCUUAGAGCAAGGGCAAUGUAA